AUGAGGAUCCACGUCCAAAUUUCCUCAUCGCGCUUCUACCGAAACGACACCACAACGCAGAAAAAAGAGUUAGGUAUCGACAUUCAAGCACCAAGACAGAUUAACGGAAGCGGCUGUUUAGGAUGGGUUCACUGUCAUCUUCACGGCGAACAGGCUUGGUGGUUUUUGCUACGAGCAGUUGAAACAAUGUCUUGUGAAAGCGGUAAUUGUCUCGUCCUUAGAGCACGCUACAAGACUCUCCGCCCAGCCACUCCUUUCCAAGGGGACGAGAUAGUCUUGGCACGUCAUGCUGAAACGAUAGCGGAGGUUUUCCCUGAUUGGGUUGAACGAUGUAGACUUGAUCCUUCAUUAUAUCAGCCGUUUGAUUUGAACGUACCUGUACGAGUCCCCCGCCGCAUGAACAUGGUACAGGCGUACCAGAGCGACCCACCUGUCAGUGAGGUGGGACGGAUUAUGGCGCAACUAUUUGCUCGCGAGCUGGUCACUCGUAAUGCUAUUCCUAAAGCGAUCUUCUGUGCACCAUCGUUAGCCUGCCUACAAACGGCUGUCGACAUCCAAAACUUUGUUGGAAAGGAUUGCGGACGCAUUUGCGUUGAUGCUGCACUUGCUACGGAGCGUAAUGGUGCUGCUCAUUGGCUCAAUGACAAGGAGAUUGCCCAACUGAAAUGCAACGUAGAUGACGGAUACACUCCUGAGCAGAGUGAUGGUAAUGACAAAAGUCUCAAGAACAUUGUUGAAGGUAUGAAGAAGCUUGCGCCAAAGCUAAAAAAGAACGGCAUAGUGCUCGUCAUAACAGACGCCUUCGCUGUCAAAAUACUCUCGGAACUUUUAGCUGGUAACGACAUCGCAAAGCGCACGGAAUGCAAGGAUUGCCGCACAAGUGCUGCUAAGACAUUUCCUCCUAUGUCAUCGGCAGUUGUUAGUUCGCAAGCCUCCCGUAAUGGUGGUCAACCACAGGUGUCUCGUAUCUUUGUACGCCCUCUGACCACAAUUGGUGAAUGCUCACGACCAAACCAUGAUGUUGUCUGCAAAAGCAAGGGAUACUAG